AAAAUGUCCGGUGAAAAUGACGUUGAAAUGCAUGAUGAGGAUCCAGUGGAGGAUAUAGACGAGUCUGAAGAGGAAGUUGAUGAAACUGAUGAUGAAGACGAGGAAGUACCGGAGAAUCAGAGACAAGCUUACAUUCCAGGCCUCAGCCGGCCAUUGAAAAAAGGAGAAGAAUUGGAUUUUGACCCUAGUGCUUACAAACUAUUUCAUAGUUUCAAUUCUGAUUGGCCAUGCUUGUCGUUUGACGUUGUUAAAGAUGGUUUGGGCGAGAACAGAACACAAUUCCCUGCCGAAUGUUAUAUUGUCAGUGGAACUCAAGCCGAUAAGCCAAGGGAUAACGAAAUCAUUGUGAUGGGAUUGAAGAAUCUUACAACGAUGAGGAAAGAAAAAGAAAACAAAGGCGACGACAGUGACACCUCUGAAGACGAAUCCGAAGAUGAAGAUGCCGAAGAAGAGAAGAAAAGAGAACCAAAAAUGCACGCUGUUUCGAUUCCUCACUAUGGUGGUAUUAACCGAAUUCGUUCCGAUCGUCUUGGUGACAGUACUGUAUGUGCUUGCUGGAGUGAUCAAGGACGUGUCCAGGUGUGGAAUAUCACUGAUGCAUUGAAUUAUACUCAUGGAAUGAGCGGAGAGUCGAAGACUGAAGUGCAAAAGAUCGAUCGACCCUUGUUCACGAAUAAUGGAUCUGGAAAAGAAGGAUAUGGACUUGCUUGGUCUUCAUUAAAAACUGGAGACUUGGCUACUGGUGAUAUCAUCAAAAAGAUUUAUUUGUGGCAAAUGAAGGAAGGAGGACAAUGGGCUGUUGGAGCUAAUCCAUUAACUGGACAUAAAAAGAGUGUCGAAGAUCUUGCAUGGUCACCAACUGAAACUGGACUUCUUGCUUCAUGUUCCGCGGAUGGAAGUAUCAAACUAUGGGAUACACGUUCUGCUCCAAAAGAUGCCUGCGUCUGUACAGUGCAAAAAGCUCAUGAAUCCGAUGUUAAUGUUAUUUCGUGGAAUCGUCACGAAAACCUCAUUGUUUCUGGUGGUGAUGACGGAGAGCUGAAAAUUUGGUCUUUGAAAACAAUCCAAUUCGGUCAACCAGUGGCACUCUUCAAGUAUCACAAUUCACCAAUCACUUCAGUCGACUGGCAUCCACAUGAAACAACGACAUUUAUGGCUUCCGGUGAAGACGAUCAGACAACAAUUUGGGAUAUUGCAACUGAAGCAGAUGGACAAACGAAUAUCGAAGGAGUUCCACCACAGCUGAUGUUCGUCCAUAUGGGUCAGAAUGAGGUCAAAGAAGUUCACUGGCAUCAACAGAUUCCUGGAUUGGCUAUCAACACUUCAAUUGAUGGAUUUAAUGUCUUCAAGACUAUUAAUAUUUAAGAUGUCUCCCUGUUAUUGCUCCCUGUUUGUUUUUGUUGCUGUUUUUCUCAUCUAUUCAACAUUGUUACUGUUCAUUUUUUUUCGUAACUUUUCUGUUAACCAAAAAAUGCUUUAAAAAUG